AGAGGGGAAUUGAAGCAGAGUGUGAGAGAGAGAGUGAGAGGCAUUAGCAGCUGCUGAAGGGGGCUACACAUUAGGAAGGGAGGGCUUGCACCUUACCGCUUCCUCAGUUUUUGCGAGUGAGGGCAACCUAGGCAGACACAGCUCGGCUUCAACAUUUUGACACUAACGUUUAAACAAGGGGGGAGAGAGAGAGAGGAAAAGAAAACUUUUUAAAAAAUUAAUCCAAGACCGAGCCAAAACAGAAGAUGACGGCGAAAACGGUGGAGAAAAUCCCGCUGUCCCUCGGAGGUCUCUUCCACCAGCUCCCUGAAAAUAUGUACUCGGUGGAUGAGAUCAGUUCGCUGCCCGCGUCCCUCGCUGUCUUCCAUAACCAGGAGCUGGCACAAUACGAGCAGAUGCCCUCAGAUGGAAUGAUUAACGUGGACAUGGGCAGCGACAAGAGACCCAUCGACCUGCCUUAUCCCAACACGUACCACCCAGCUCCUGCUUCCCGCAGUCAGACUUUUACCUACAUGGGCAAGUUUUCUAUUGACUCUCAAUGUGCCAGCGCCAAUUGGAGCCCUGACGGAAUCAUUAACAUAGUGAGUACUGGGAUCUUUGGAGUCCCUCCACCUUCUUCCACCUCAUCGUCCUCCUCCUCUUCCUCAGCUUCUCCGAACCCGCUCUCCAACACCCUCAGCUGCACGAUGGCACAGAACCAGAGCGAGAUGGAGCAUAUGUACUCGCCGCCGCCUCCUUAUACCUGCGGGGAGAUAUACCAGGAGCCGGCUCCGUUCUUCAGCACCUCUACAUGCAGCCUCGGAUACCCUCCUCCUCCGUCCUAUCCUUCUCCCAAACCGGUGGUGGACAAUACCUUAUUCCCCAUCCUGCCGGAGUACAGCAGCAUCUUUCAAGCUCAGCAUCCGCACCGAGAGCUCAACCCGGGCACCGAGCGCAAACCCUUCUCCUGCCCCGUGGAGCCCAUCAGGAUGGCACCGCCUCUGACCCCUCUCUCCACCAUUAGGAACUUCACUCUGGGUAACCCAUCAGGAGAGGGGGCCCGGCUGCCCAGCGCUUACGGCGGUCAGAAUCUACCCCUCCGACCCAUCCGCCUCAGGAAAUACCCCAACCGCCCCAGCAAGACCCCAGUCCACGAGAGACCCUACCCCUGCCCGGCGGAGGGCUGCGACCGCCGCUUCUCCCGCUCGGAUGAGCUCACCCGGCACAUCCGGAUCCACACCGGUCACAAACCGUUCCAGUGCCGGAUCUGCAUGAGGAACUUCAGCCGGAGCGACCACCUCACCACCCACAUUCGCACCCACACCGGGGAGAAACCCUUCUCCUGCGAUUUCUGCGGCAGGAAAUUCGCACGCAGCGACGAGCGGAAGAGGCACACCAAGAUCCACCUGAGGCAGAAAGAGAAGAAGCUGGCCAGCGAGAGAGCGGCCAGUUCCACAGUGGCAUCUCUGUGCCCCGGGAGCAGCCCGCUGACCGCCUGUCCGCCCAGGACAGUAUAGACAUAGCAUAGACACGCUAAAUGACACUACCGCAAGGCGAGGAACUUUAAGGGAACGGAGUUUCUAUGAGAGAUUGCCCCCACGUCUCCUCCAGCUACGUGUUUACAUUUUGCUCCUUCAGCAUCGACUCAAAGGCCCACCCAAAGUGUCAGCCCUUAGCCCCAUCCACGUUACUCUGGGGGACGGGGGAGCGAGUUGAUCAUUUGCUUCUUUUUGUGCACAGUGCAGGGCUUCUGGUUUGGCUAAACGGUUAAACUAGUCAGGGUACUGUACAUACUAUAUUAACUAACGGUCUCCUCAAACAUUCCCAUUCAGAGUCCACAAGAGACUGGUCAGGGUUGUUCACUGGUGCAAACGCGGGGAAAGUGCUGUUGCUGGGAGUUUAUACCACAGGUGGCUAAAGGGAAUAUUUUGUAAACAAGGCAGUGAAUGUUCGUCUGAGGAAACUAGCUCCGGCACUUUUUUUUUACAUAGAUUGGUCACUAAUAUCUUCAAACAACAAAAAGAAACAAGCGUGAUAAAUGACUUAAAAGCUCUCUAAUCCUAGAAGAUAACCAAGAACAGGCUUCCUUUUGCCGAAGUCUAAGUUUAAUAGGAUCUGUGCAGCAAGUAGUUCAUAUUUUAACGUUUUGCCCUCUAGCAUGAGAAGACCCAGAGGAGAAAAGGGGGAGUUAGAGAGGGAUUUAAUUUGACCAGGAAUCAAUGAGGGAAACAACUUUAUCUGGUGUUAGUUUAAAUGGCAAAUGGAUGUCCUUGUACUUUCGCAUUUAAACACUGCAUGCUGAGAUUUUCUUGGUGCCUUGUUUAUUGUGGACGAUUCUACCUGUCUGCAUGUAAAUAUCCCGCCUUAAAGGACUGACUGUGGCAAUCAUGAAAUCACCAAUAACCUUCAUAAGCUGGCGAAGCUGUUCAAUUCCUGCCAAUUAAUCUGGAGAUUUUUAGAAACUAUUUUUGUACGCGUUUUUUGUGCUAAUAUAUCUUCCAGUGUUUUAAAUUUUGUAGCAAAGCUCUGGUUGUAAAGAGUGUGAAUAAUUUUAUGUCGUUGGUGUCGACCUGUUCAAUGGUUUAAUGUAUUGGUGUAAAACCACUAACUGGGUAAACAAAUGGGACUAAUCAGUCCUCUCAAGAUGUAUUGUUUUAUGGUUAUAUUGAUGUAAAUAUAAUUUUACAAAAUA